AAAACGAAUUCACCUGUCACAGCAAACUUAAAGUUUUCUUCGAAUUGUGAGCUCAUUUCUCUUUUGAUUUUAUUUUCAUUCCAACAUGAAUUUACAAUACUCGCCGGUUUUUAAAUGUCCUCCGGAAAUGGUAACUCAUUGCCAAUGGAUAUACUGGUUCACCCAUUUUGAAUUGCUUGCCAUGAUUAUUGAAAUUCCAUCAUUCUUAUUAGUAAUUUAUGCAACAAUCAAAAGUCCGUUUCAUUAUAAUCUCAAUUUUAUUGGACUAUUCAUGCUUUUGGGGUAUUACGUAUUUUUGGUAGGCCGCUUUAUCACAUGUCUCUAUGAAAUUGGAUCACUUACAGUUAAAGAUGAAGAUGCCGAAAAUGAAAUCUACCCAAUGCCACUCAUAUUGAGCUCAAUAUUGCAAUUCUUUUAUAUGGGAUGUGCAUGUGGAAUAAGCCUCGCAGUUGCAUUUGAACGAUUUUUUGCAACGUAUUUUGUGGAGACUUAUGAGAAAAAGAAGAGAAAGUGGAUUUCACUUUUCCUAUGUUCAGAGUUCACAGUUGCGUGUGGUGUAUCUGCAAUAGUUAUGCUUUAUGACCUCCUACCAUUUGCAGUUAUGGCAUUUCUAGGCGUGUUUAUAAGUUGCGCUUCGUUUUUGUUUUAUCUUGUACUGUUCUACAUGAAUAAACGUCGACUUCACACUAUACAACAAGAUAGAGACAAUGACGUGUACACAUUGAGUGUCCGUUUUCAGUUAUCUGAAAAUUUAAAAGUCAUGACCCUGCUCCGAAACGUGGUACUAUUUUCGGGUGUCAACAACUUUGUAAUGGCAAUUAUUCUGACAAUGUACAUGUCUAAAUCAUUUAAAGUAUCUUACCCAUUAGCUACUUUAUACUUGCAUUUUGCAUUUAACUGUUGUGUGCUUUUGUAUUCAUUUUUGAUGCUCAUUAUAAUAAUCUUCAGUGUUAAACAGUAUCGAAUGUAUUAUUUUUCAAUUCGUUUUGUCCGUGUUGUGCUCUAUCCACUUGUUGGCAGAUGUUUUCAAAAUGAAUUCUCCCAGUCACCGGUUCAGCAGUUAACAAUUCGUGACGAAACUGAAAGUUAUUUUGUUAACUUAUCUUCACAAUGGGACGAGAAAUUUCAAAAAAUUAAUCGAUUAUCGAUUUAAGUUAUUGACUAUCAAAAUCAUGGAAUACUGAUGAAUAUUAGAGUGAAUAAAAAUUAUUUU